AUGCGUCUACGUAAGAUCGUUCGUGGUGCACGGUUGGAUACCGACUCUCUCUCCAAGCUCUCUUCUGGAAUCCGAACUGCUCUAGUCAAAUGGGAGGAUGAGCUGAAGACCAGGCAUCACCGGGUACCACGCGUCUUACACCCUGCUGACUGGUCACAUGCAGGGAUUCUCUGCUUGUUCACUGACAGUAGUGACCAGGCUGGUGCAGGCAUAUUGACAACGAGCUACGGUAGGCGGAUGAUGGCACGUGGUUUCCUACAGGACGAAUCCAUCAAGAACCGCACUGCACCUCGCUUCGAGCUCGACACCUUGGCCAUCAGUCUCGGAUGGACAGUCAAGCUCCUCACAGAGGCCAACGACUACCUCCACACCGCCUCCUUGCUGGUCUUCACGGACAAUCUAUGUUCAAAGACCGUCACUCUGACCCUGCUACUCCCGACCAUCGCGUCGACCACCGAGUCACUGAGCCUUCUUUGCGAGGACAUCCACUUGGAUCGAAGUAUCGUCAUCACGGUCAACCUGCCACGGCCGACGACGUAG